AGGGAUUCUUACCCCAACCGCCUGUUAUUCCAACCGGCGAGACGCCAGGCCAACCCAUCAGAUACUCUCUUGUAUGUGUCCCGCCAAACUGUAUAAAGAUCCCGCAUUAUCCAUGGAUUCUUCUUCUUCUUCUUCUUCUUGUUCGAUGACGGACACACGUUGGAAACAUCCGUUUUCGGCCAUUGUAGCCGGGCCAUCAGGGUGCGGUAAAUCAAAUUUCGUCAAGAACUUUCUGCGUCAUGGAACGUCAAUGUGCGACACAAGAUUUAGUCGUGUGAUAUGGUACUUUGACGAAUGGCAGCCGUUGUACGACGGGGACAAGAGUAUAGAGUACCGCGAGGGGUUACCGCAACACGCCGAUUACGAGGGUGACAAAAAACCGAAACUUUUGGUAAUCGACGAUCUGAUGCGAGAGGCUUCAAACAAUGUCGUCGUUGAUCUUUUUACCAAGGUCUGUCAUCAUAAGAACCUCAGCGUUUUCUACAUAACACAAAAUCUCUUUCACAAGGGCAACGGUCAACGAGAUAUUUCCCUCAACGCAAACUACAUAGUCUUCUUCAAAAAUCCACGGGAUCGUGCCCAAAUUCAACAUCUUGCCAGACAGGUGUAUCCCGAAGAUCCGAGGUUUCUUCAAGAGGCCUAUCACGACGCUACCGCAGCGCCACACGGAUAUCUGCUUUUCGACCUGAAGCAAUCCACUCCGGAGAAUUGCCGUUUCCGAUCAAACAUCUUCCCUUCGGACGAUAAUCACUAUGUAUACGUUCCGCGAAAGGAUAUAAAGGUCACCAAUGCGCACCGGGUUCCAGUCGUUCAGCUGUGA